AUGCCAGGAGAAGAUCUGUACUCUCUCAAGCCUCACACAUCUUGUCACAAAAUGCAAUCAUUUCUCUUCCUCGCUCUUCUGCUUCUGCUCUUUCAACUCACGGAGUCGUCGACCUCGCCGGACCGAUUCCUGAAGCCGUCGUCACCUCCGUCCAUUUUCAAACCAUCUCGCAAACUGCAAGAGUACAUUGAGCUAGCAAAUCCUCUUUCAUCAGAUAAACUGAACCCUCCUUCGCGACCAUGUACGCUCCACGUCAUCAAGCACUCCUUCGGCAACACAAUGGGCAAGCCACCGUUCACCACCGCCUACAAUCCGCCGGUAAAUUGCCCGUCACCGUGGUCUCACGUGGUGCUCGAGUUACGCGCCACCUCCCGCGGGGACCAGUAUGACCGGAUCUCCGGCUUGUGGCUUGGCGGUGCGGAGAUUCUCCGGACCAGCACGGCGGAGCCGACGAGAGAGGGAAUCUUCUGGAAGGUCCGGAAGGAUGUCACGAAGUAUGAUUCCCUUCUGCAGAAGAAAAAUCUCAGGCUCACAAUGAUGCUCGAGAACAUCGUUAACGACGUGUACACCGGCGUCUACCGUGUUGAUGUGUUUUUCUUCUUCUACAGGGCGGAGGCCGUUAGGGCUCCGUUCAGAACCGGCGAAAUUAGGGUUCUAAAAGACGAGGGUAGGUUGGAAACUGAGAUGGCAAACGAAUCCCCCGCUGAUUUGAUAGUUCCGAUUUCCUCCUCCGACGGCUACAAGAAAGGGUUCUGGUUUGUGAUUAACAGCGAAUCUGAUGUUCACUUCAAGGAAGUCCGAUUCCCUCUCAAUACGCGGAAGGCGGUGCUGGAAUUGUACGUCUCAUUUCACGGCAACGACGAGUUCUGGUACUCGAACCCGCCGAAUUCCUACAUUCGAGUCAAUAAUCUUACCACCGAGCGAGGCAAUGGAGCUUACAGGGAAGUAUUCGUCACUCUCGACGGGAGGGUAGUGGGAUCGGAGAUUCCCUUCCCUGUGGUCUUCACCGGCGGGAUUAACCCUUUGUUCUGGAAUCCGGUGGUGGCUAUCGGCGCUUUCGAUCUCCCAUCAUACGAUUUCGAUUUGUCCCCGGUGCUGGGCCUCGUUCUCGACGGGAAACCCCACACCAUCGGCGUCGGGGUCAGCGACGGGAUCUCGUUUUGGCUCGUUGACGCGAAUCUGCACAUAUGGCUCGACGGCGGGUCCUCGAAAGUGAUAGCUAAGUCAACGGUCUAUGACAAUCCGGCUUCGUCUAUCACCAGGGAGGAGGAAUUCCAAAUGCUUGACGGAGAAUUCCAUAUCAAAGCUAAAAGAGAAACCCUUCUGGUUGGAUGGGUGAAAUGGAGCGGAGGCAAUUACACAACCGCCGUCUCUCAGGAAUUCAAGUUCCACAACAUUAUGAGCUUCGAAGGGAACGGCACUGUGAAGACGGUGAACCAGAGGGUCAAGGUGAAGAAAGAAGUUAAGGUAACAAAUGAAUUGGGAAGCUGCCCGGUUUGCCACGUGAAGAUCAAACGAAGAUAUCCCAUGAAAAUGAUCUCUGCAACUCUGCCCGGAUCCAAGCCGGAUACUUAUCUUGCGAUCACGAAUGUUUCCCACGCUUUCUGGGAGAGGCACGAUGAUGGCGGAGGCGAGACGAAUGUGUACAAUAAGCAGGUGUCUGAUGGUUGGAUGGAGGUGAAGGAUCAUGAUGUUCUCAGUGGUGGUUCGGUGACUAACCAGAAGCUGGAUUGCAGAGGUGGUGAGUUUGGUGGUUGCUUCAUUUGGAAGGUUUCGGCUGUUGAUGGCAAGCUUGUGAAGAACGACACCUCCUCUGUGUGUACCUCACUGUAUGUAAAUUGA